CGUAAGUUUUACGGGGAAUAACCUUCUAUAGAGAGAGAGAGAGAGAAAGCCCAAUACCCCAUACCAUACCGGGCUGUUCUUUAACGCAAAAAUGCCGUCCUUCCGCACUGGCUGGGGGUUGGCCCUCACCGCCCUCCUAGCCCUUCAAACAGUAACAACCACAGUCAAUGCCGCUAGUACUACUUCCACCAAGGCUGCCGCCACGACCACUGCCGCCGCCUCUGGCUGUACCACCCGUGAGGUGCAGCGAUAUACCUCGACCGACUUUCUCUUUUUGAUCGAUGCUAGUGGUUCCAUGUGUCCCUACAUUGACCAAAUCACGGGUCGCAUGCAAAGCUUUGUGACUGCUCUUAAAAACAAAAACGUUACCGACGCACGGUUUGCCGUUGCAGCUUUUGGUGAUCAGCCUAUCCUGUUGCAACCUUUUACGUCUGAUACCGCCGCAACAACAGCCACGCUGGGCAACAUUGGUUGUAAGCGUGGUGGUCAGGAAGCCAGUUUCGAAGCGUUGCGUAUGGCGUUUGCUGGCAACGAUGGUGCAGACUUUUUGUCGGGAUGUGCAUCCGGUACAACAUGCAAACUGACCUGGCGAUCCGGCGUGACCAAAUCCGUCAUCAUGGCUACGGACGAAGACAGUGACCUUCCGACUCUGGCCAAAUACCGGAUGACGGGCCAGUCAAGCUCCAACUCGCUUUGUGCUAACGGAUACUGGUGGUACAUGUGCGGUGCUCAAUUUGAGCCCAACUUUAGUCCCAAGAGUUUCUGGACUCGGUACAGUCAGUACUACCGUACAUCGAACGCUUCAAUCACCAUGGAAGACACAUACCAGGCUGAAAUUGAUGCAACUGCCGACCUCCUUCUCGCGAACCAGGUCCAGCUGAACGUGCUGAUAAAGUCUGAUGCCAACGCCAACACUCAGGGAUCCAUGUCCAGCUACGACAGCAACAGCUUGUACUACACCGAGAACAACAAAAAGGACUUUGACCCCCUUCACACCCACACGACCAUCAUGCAAUUCGGUCACCCCGACCUGAACAUUCAAAACAAAACUACUUUCCAAAACUUUGACCAACAAGCUACCUACGCUUCCCUCGUUGCAAACGGAAUGCGCCAGACGCUUCAGGCUCAGAUUUUGGAAGGGAACGGUAUGAUGCGAUUGUACAAGCUCCAAGAUAUCAUUGACCCUAUCUUGGGGAACAAGGUUACGGACAGUUUCUUCCAGGCUACAGUAGACAUGGUUCAAUAUUGUCCUCCUGUUGUGUCGGUCAUUCCUAGUACUACUUCCAGUGUCAGCACGUCGACUUCAGUUGUCCCUGUGGCUACCACCACGACCACGAAGGUGCCUACAACUACCACUACGACAACGACCACAAAGGUGCCCACUACUACCACGACAACGACCACAGUUGCUACCACUACUACUACUACGACCAAGGUUCCUACCACGACCACUACUACGACAACGGUCCCAACGACUACUACGACAACCAAGGUUCCUACCACGACCACUACUACGACAACGGUCCCAACGACUACUACGACAACCAAGGUUCCUACCACGACCACUACUACGACAACGGUCCCAACGACUACUACGACAACCAAGGUUCCUACCACGACCACUACUACGACAACGGUCCCAACGACUACUACGACAACCAAGGUUCCUACCACGACCACUACUACGACAACGGUCCCAACGACUACUACGACAACCAAGGUUCCUACCACGACCACUACCACAACAACGGUUCCUACCACAACAACGACUACUACUACAACAACGGUUCCUACCAUGACAACCACCACUACAACAACGGUUCCCACAACAACUACAACGACGACCACAGUAGAAACCACUACAACGGUGCCCACAACAACAACUACUACUACCACUACAGUAGAGCCCACCACAACUGUUGAGACCACCACAACGACUCUGGAGACAACAACAACCACAACAACCGUUCCAGAAACGACAACCACAACCACAACAGUUGAGGAAACGACCACUACGACCACUGUGGAGGAGACUACCACUACUACUACUACCGUUGAGCCCACUACAACCGUCGAGGAAACUACCACGACUACUACUGUUGAGCCCACUACCACUGUUGAAGAGACUACCACUACUACAACAGUUGAGGAGACCACUACUACAGUUGAACCUACCACGACCGUUGAGGAGACCACUACUACCACUACAGUUGAACCCACCACAACCGUUGAAGAGACCACCACAACAACCACUGUGGAGGAGACAACUACUACUACCGUUGAGCCAACCACAACCGUAGCUGAGACCACAACUGUUGAACCUACAACGACUGUCGAAGAGACCACCACUACCACAGUUGAGCCAACAACAACCGUGGAGGAUACUACCACUACUGUCGAGGAGACCACGACGAAACGGUUGAACCUACUACAACUGUCGAGGAGACACUACCACAUCGUUGAACCUACACCACUGAGAAGAGACCACUACUACAACGUUGAGGAGACACUACACAGUGUGAACCUACUACAACCGUUGAGGAGACGCUACACGACUGUUGAACCUACGACAUCGUCGAAUAGACUACCACACUACAAACUACCACCAACUGUUGAGCCCCCCACAAACGUUGGAGAGACUACCACCACAGUAGAGCCUACUACGACCGUUGAGGAGACAACCACCACAACCGUUGAGCCAACAACAACAGUUGAAGAGACCACCACUACAACAGUCGAGGAGACCACAACCGUUGAGCCAACAACAACAGUCGAGGAGACCACCACCACAGUCGAACCCACCACAACAGUAGCUGAAACAACAAUCUCAACCGUCAUCGAUGAGACCACCAUCAUCUCCACUAUUGAACCUACUACAACAGUCGAGCCCACUACUACGGUCGCUGAAACAACAACCGUCGUUGAUGAGACCACCAUCAUCACAACCGUGGAACCUACCACAACCGUUGAGGAGACUACCACUACGACUGUUGAAGAGACUACUACCGUUGAGCCAACCACAACCGUUGAGCCCACAACUACUGUAGCUGAGACCACAACUGUUGAGCCCACUACGACUGUUGAGGAGACCACAACCGUUGAGGAGACUACUACCGUUGAGCCAACCACGACCGUAGCUGAGACUACUACCACGACUGUUGAGGAGACCACGACGGUUGAGCCAACCACAACUGUUGCUGAGACCACAACUACCACCGUAGAGGAGACCACAACUGUUGAGCCCACAACUACAGUUGCUGAGACCACCACAGUUGAGCCCACCACGACUGUUGAGGAGACUACAACUACAGUUGCUGAGACCACAACCGUUGAGCCAACCACGACCGUAGCCGAGACUACUACCACGACUGUUGAGGAGACUACCACCGUCGAGCCAACCACAACCGUGGAGCCCACAACUACCGUAGCUGAGACCACAACUGUUGAGCCCACUACGACUGUUGAGGAGACCACAACUGUUGAAGAAACCACCACCGUUGAGCCUACUACCACAGUAGCCGAGACCACCACGGUUGAGCCCACUACGACUGUUGCUGAGACCACCACUGUUGAGGAGACUACUACCGUUGAGCCCACUACCACAGUAGCUGAGACCACAACUGUUGCUGAGACUACCACGGUUGAGCCCACCACAACGGUUGAAGAGACCACCACGGUUGAGCCCACUACCACAGUAGCUGAGACUACCACAGUUGCCGAGACCACCACCGUUGAGCCCACCACAACUGUUGAAGAGACCACCACGGUUGAGCCCACUACCACAGUAGCUGAGACCACCACGGUUGCCGAGACCACCACCGUUGAGCCCACCACAACUGUUGAAGAGACUACUACUGUUGAGCCUACUACCACAGUAGCUGAGACCACCACGGUUGAGCCCUCCACAACUGUUGAGCCCACUACGACUGUUGAAGAGACUACCACAGUUGAAGAGACCACCACCGUUGCUGAGACUACAAGCGUUGAGCCCACAACAACCGUCGACGUCCCAAGCACAACAGUUCAACCCACAAGCACAAUGGACGCAACAACAACCUCAGCACUCCCGAGCCCCGCCGAAACCAACAGCCCAACUCCCUCCUCUGAACCAAGCCCAUCCACCUCCCCAACCCCAGAACCAAGCGGAACUCCAACAGGAACCUACAUUGGAGCCGGAGUAGGAGCAGUAGCAGCCCUAGGAGCAGCCGGAGCAGGUGCCUUCUUUUACAAAUCCCGAACAUUCUCGAGUGCAGUCUCGAAUGCUGCGGCCGGUGGUAACGCUUUCACGAACGCUCAAGCCAACCCUCUCUAUGCUUCGCCUCACACAAUGUACGAGAACCCGCUCUACCAGCCCAGAAUUGAUGUAGAUGCAACGGAUGGGGCGAUUUGA